AAUCGACACCUCAUGGUGUUGCAGUUCGUCGUGAAUGGCUCUGCCGUCAGCUGCAGUUUACAUUCCAAUCAAAACCAUGAAGGAGUUCGACGAUUUCAAUUUUAGCGUUGAGAAAUAUACCAAGGACCUGACGCGAGAAUGUGUUGGUGGCAGCGAUUUGCAGCAGCGAAAAAAGGAAAUCGAGGCCUACAACGAAACUACGGCCGCAACGCUCAAGCAAACAUGCAAAAAGAACUAUAUGGAGUUUAUACAGACGGCCAAGGAGAUAUCACAUCUCGAGUCGGAAAUGUACCAACUGUCGCACAUUCUGAUUGAGCAGCGCAAUAUUCUGGCCACCAUGACGGAUGGCAAGACCUCCAGUCACCUGAAGGCCGAGAGUUUGGAGGCGGAGAGCACUGCGGCGACGGAUGAUCUGGAGAAUAGUCAUGCCACGCGGGCGGUCAAGGAAAUGGUCCAGGGCUUCAAUGGCAAUCUGGAGGGAAAGACCUUCCUCAACGAGGGAGCCCUGAUUGAGUUGGACAGCAAUGAUUACCGACCCAUCCAGAGGGUCUUCUUUUUCCUCUUCAACGAUGUACUCAUUGUCUGCAAAGUGAAGCAUGAUAAGCGCUUGGAUUUCCUCACCGAGUACGACCCCAAGAAAAUAGCCGUGAUAAACAUCAAGGACUUGGAUGGCGUUAAGAAUGCCAUUAAUAUAAUCACCCCAGAUGGUUCCAAGAUCUACCAAAGUAUCACGGCUGCUGGAAAGACGGAAUGGAUCGAGAAGUUGGAAGAGGCAUUUCGCUUUGACCAGCAAAAGAAACCAAAGAAGGGUCAGGCGCCACAGCCUCCCACUCGGGCCAAACAGCAGUCCAAAUCUUCGACGCCGGAGAAGGAAACCACACCCCAGAGUCCCGGAGAGCCUAAAUCCCUGGAGGACGAAACACCCGAGUGGCUUAGCACGGCCAGCGAAGAGAUUCAGACCCUGGUAGCCCAGCGGCAUUUCGAGGAUGCCCAGGAGCUGAUAAAGCGAACACAGGAAUUUUUGCGAAACGACAACAGAAAGAAGGUGCCACAGGCGGACGCCAUUGAAACCAAGGUGAAGCAGCAGGAGCAGAAGCUGAUCAGUGUGCUGCUCAAGGAGCUGUCCAACAGUCACAAUAGGAAUCUGCAGAUCGCGCUGAGAGCCGCCAAGCGGCCCCUGAAGAUCCUUGUGGAGAUGGGUCGCUAUCGCCAGGCGAGUGCCACUCUGCUGAAGGUCUGCGCCGUUAGUUUACGGGUGGCGCAACGGGAGGCGCGCAGGAAUAAUGCGGAUAUAUCGGAACUCUUUUUCUGUGAUCUGACGCAGGUGGCCUGUGAUUUUCUCACCGCCUUUGAGAAGCAACCGGCGUGCGUCAGUGCGCUCGUGGUUUGGUGCAAUGCGGAGCUGCAAUACUUUGCCAGCCAACUGAUCAAGCAUUACCUGACCAAGGGAACUUCCCUGGAGUCAGUGGCCAAGUGUGUGGAGCGAGUGCGCAAGCCCUCGACGAAGCUUACCGAGAUUGGGCUGGACAUCAGUUAUCAUUUGGAAGGUCUUUUGCGCACUACACUGGAGUCGCUGAUAGAGGAAUCCAAGGAGCGACUGCUGGACUCCGUGGGUCGCACUGAGGAGAGCUGGCAGCCCUAUAAUUUGCAGACGAAAUCGAAUCUGAAGCGUCUGCUCCUGGAGCUCGAUGUCUUGGGUAUCGAUGUGCGAGCCCAGGCGACGGGCGACACCUGGAUAAAUCUCACUCAGUCAACUGUGGUUUUCAUCAGACACUUCCUGCAGCUCACCGAGUACUGUGGUUGUCUGGCCAAGUGCGAAACGCUACUGCAAAGCCUGGAACUUCUUCUAAAAGAGCUGUUCAUUGCCCAGCAUUCGUUGAAACCGCCCAGCGACAUGGCCGUAGAUCCCAACUUUGUGAUGAAGAACAAAGUUUUUCUGGUGGACAACCUGCUGCCCAUCGCCAUCGACAAGUUCCGUCAGAUAUCUGGGCGUCAGUGCGAGGGACUGCGGGAGUUGCACACGAAAAUGUCCCGCCAGCAGGGUGCACCACUGCCGCGCCAGCGAAGCGUAUACACCACAGAUGUGUUUUAGAUGCAAUCCGAGGGGA